AUGUUAAUUUUUUUAAUAAAAUUAUCAACGGUUUUUACUAUUAUUAUUAUUAUUAUUCCUAACGUGACAAGUAUUAAAAUAAACAGAGGAUCGCAGCCUCCGGAAUCGAAUCGGGGAUUUAAAGUUUUCUGGAACGUUCCGACGGAACAAUGUAAAAAAUACGAAAUCGAUUUCGAAUCCCUGAUACGAACGUAUGGAAUUAUAGGAAACGAACGGGAUUCGUUCAGGGGUGAAAAAGUCACCAUUUUAUACGAUCCCGGAGACUUUCCCAUAAUAAAAAAGUUCCAAAAUAAAACACAAAGAUACUACAACGGUGGAUUUCCACAAAACGGAAGUUUGUCCAAACAUUUGAAAAAGUUAAAAAACGACACACGAAAAUAUGCUAACGUUAAUUUAAACGGAUUAGGAAUAAUCGAUUUCGAAGUUUGGAGACCGGUAUUCCGUCAAAAUUGGAACGAACAAAUCAUUUACAAAAACAAAUCCAUAGAAUUAGCGCAACAUUUAAAAAACAACGGAAGUCUUAACGGGAAAAGUGUGAAUGCUUCGGCCAAAGAAGAAUUCGAAAAACACGCCAAAAAAUUCAUGUUGGAAACGCUUGAAGACGUUAAAAAAUUGAGACCGGGAGGAAAAUGGGGAUAUUAUGGAUUUCCAUAUUGUUACAAUUACAGAGUCAACAACACUCCAGAAUGUCCAGAGAUUGCCGUUAGGGAAAACAACGAAAUUCUGUGGUUGUUCAACGAAAGUUCCGCUCUCUAUCCUUCAUUAUACUUAAAACAAUCAUACAAUUCGUCUGAACAUGUCAAAUUCAUGAUAGGAGUUCUGAACGAAGCUUACAGAAUAUCAGCCAUGACGAAUUACAUUCCGGUUUAUCCAUACGUUCGAUUUAAAUAUUUGGACACCGACGAGUAUUUAACUCAGGAAGACGCGUACAAUUCUUUCGAAAUACCACGACAGUAUCAAAUGGGUGGAAUCAUACUAUGGGGUAAAAGUUCAGAUUUAAACGACGAAGGAAAAUGUUUGAAAUUUUACAAUUACGUCAUCGAUAUAGUGGGACCUGCACUGAACAAAAGUCUAACGAUGGGAAACAAAACGAAUUCGACGAUAACAACAACGGAUUUUUAA